CUGUAGCUGGGGUAACAUAUUUGUCCCAGUGAGAGAAAGAGAGAGAGAAAGAGAGAGAGUUUAUUCUCAUGUACACCCCACGUCCCAUCACAGUUCUUCUGGGCUUUCAUGGAUAGCCACACGUUCACACUCAGACAUGAGAAACUAGUCAGGACUUUGUAAUUUGAGCCAACAGCACUUCAAAACGAGUCAAUGACCAGGAGAGAGAGGGAAGAAAAAACAGAGACCCCAUCACGGCGAUCUUUCAGCAUUCCUCAGCAUUCCCAGCAGGGAGAAAAAAGGAUCCAGCACUCUGCGCGCAAGGAGAAAGGGGAGGUGCAGACGGACUGCAGAACAACAGAAAACUGAAAACCAUUUGGGGGAAAUUCAGAAGACGAACGAUUUUAAAGCAAGUUUCUGUGUGUUUAUGUGAUGGCCUUGGAGGUCUACGGUUCAGCCCUACGAGCAGCUUCGGCCCCGGACUCAGAGGAGGAGGGCUAGAGACACCCGGCGCCCCAAAACCUCUCAAAGCACGAGAAUGAGCGGUGAUGUCCUCUAGCUAAUUUCUCACAGUGCGAGAGGAGUGUGCGCGUACCCACCGGCUGGCGUUUCGGCACUUCGGAGGCUCCGGCGGGCGAGGGGGGACGGUGGGCGGCCCGGGUAAAGUGGGGCGUAUGGCCGUGCACAGGUUGAUAGUGGUGGCUGCAGCGGUGGCCAUGCUUUCUCUUCUUCUCAAUAACGUGGCUACGUUCAGCUCAAGCUGGGUGCUUCAGGAUCUAAUGGGUGGGCACAGGCGAAGCGUGGGACUUUGGAGAAUGUGUCCACAGGAGGGUACACAUCACGCUCAAGCAAUGACAGCCUGCAAGUGGCUCAAUUGGGGAUCAGACACAGCGGGGCAGCAGGAGUCACACAGCACUGUCAAACUUCAGUUCGACAUGAUGCGGGCGUGUAACCUGAUGGCUACAGUGGCUUUGACAGUGGGUCAACUGAUCUUCCUGUUUGGGUUACUUGAGAUAAGCCACAUUACCCAGGAUUCCCAAUGGUGGGAGGAAGCCAUCGCUGCCCUCUUCCAGUUAGCCAGUUUUGUGUUGGUGAUAGGUCUUGUGACGUUCUACAGGAUUGGCCCCUACACUCAUCUUUCUUACUCCUGCUAUAUAAACAUUGCUGCAUGCUUGUUCGCCACGCUAGCGGCUGCCAUGCUAAUCUGGAAUAUUCUGCAUCGCCGUGACGACUGUCUGUCUCCGCCUGUCAUUGUCAUCAGCCGAUCUUUGACCACGCCCUUCAGGCCACGACUAGACAAUGACUAUGUAGAGUCACCUUGCUGACACAACUCGUGCGCUUGAGACUAGAGACGAGCCUUUAAAAAAAUACGAGGAUUGGAUUCUUGACAUUUAUGUUGAUCUCUUUGAACUUUAUACAGAGGUAACAAUCAUGUGAUCGUGAAAGAGGGCCUAACUUGUUUUCAGAGUCGGAUCGAGUGGAACACUUCUAAAACAUUGAAGUAAGACUUUGGAUGAUCAAGCUGGAUCUUGACAGUUUAUGUUCAUGAUAAAGGAAAAGCACCUAUGUUAUACAUAUGUAUCUAUUAUAGAUCUAUAAAAUGUAAAACAGCAAUAUGGAUUUCAGAAGGAGUUUAUGCAUGGUUUUGAAUAUUGACACGUCCCAGGUUCUUACUGAAUUGUAUAUCAUCUUUUCUAAGCACACAGGGAAUCGAUAAAGUUCACUUACGUCUACGGUAAAUCUGUAAAAUGCAUUUAAAUGGUUUGAAAAACCUACGAAACAAAAGUUUAAGGUUUUUUUGCAUUGUGGCAUUAAUGUGGCACAUUUUCCUCUUCCAUUAUAUUUUCAUUACUGUAAUACAAACAAAUGUUUCAUUUGUUGUAACUUUUUGAAUUAUUCUCAAUUCCAUUCUCAUGCGAUCCUGGACCACAAAAGCAAUCAUAAGUCAUAAUUAAAUUUUAAUUUAUAGAUCAUCUGAAUAAAUAAGCUUUCAUUGAUGUUUAGGUUGUUAGGAUAGGACAAUAUUUGUCUGUAAUCUGACGGUGCAAUAAAAUUCGAAAUAUUGGAAAAAAUGACAUUUAAAGUUAUCCAAAUAAAGUCCUUAGCAACACAUAUUAUUAAUGAUAAAUACAUUUUUUAUAUAUUUAUGGUGGGAAAAAAUAUCAAAAUAUCUUCAUGGCACACGAUCUUUACUUAAUAUCCUAAUGAUUUUCGGUAAAAAAAAAAAUUUACCCAUACAAUCUAUUGUGGCUAUUGCUCAAAUAUGCAUGCGACUUAUGACUGGUGGUUUUGUGGUCCAUGGUCACAUAUAUAGUGUUUAUGUAGCUCAACUAGUAAAGCAUUGCAUCCGCAAAACAUACAGUAGGACAUGGGUUAGAUUUCCAGGGAACACGCACAUAAUGACAAAAAUUUAUAGUUUCAAUGGGUUAGGGAUAGCACAAGGCAAAUGCAUAAGUAUAAAUAAAGUAAAAAGAAAUGAAACCAAAUACUACCAUGAAGUACAAAAAUCUAUGUACUUGUGAUCCAAAUAAUGUCACAAUGCAAAAUAUCUAUAUAUUUAAUUUUAUUAAGCAAUUGUUUUAUAUUUACAGGUUUUAUUGAGAUUUCCUCAAAUAUGGUUAAAUGCAGAUCUCAUUUAUAAAACGUAGGAUCCUUACUAAAAGUCUACGUACACACAAAAGCCAAAAAUGGCAUAUGCCAAAUAUUUUAAGAAUUAUAAAACAAAGCAAUGCUCCCUUUAUAAAUUCACAUGCAAGUGUGUGUACAUGAAUCAUCCUCAGAUCCCACCCUGCAAGCCCAUUCUCCCAUUAAGUUUGUUUUUAUAGAUCAAAACCUUUGCGUGGGAACUAGCUUAGGCACAUUUCCAGCCCUGUUUUUUUGCGUAUGCAUGCUUUAUAAAUGAGACCCCUCAGUGUAAAAAUCAACAAAUAUUUAUUACAGAUACACAAGUCAAUGCACAAAUUGCAAAGAAGUUGUUGGACUUGUGCAGAUUCUCUGCAUCCUUAAAUAUCUGGUACCAAAAUCUGUGAUUGGCUGUUUGCUUACAUGAGAUGAAUACAGUUUAAGAGUAUAAUCUGUGACCUGCCAAUGACGAAACUCUGACUAGUAAUGUAAAAUUAUGAUCAAUUUCAGAUCAUGUCUUCCUGAUGUUUUUUAAUCAUAGUUCAGACAUUUCAUACGUCUAUGUAAGUUAAUUUGUAGACACAGAAUUUGCUAACCUAUGCCUGUGGUACCCAUAUAUAUGUUUAUAAUACAGAGUUAUAUUAAGUAUGUUAUUAAAAUCACAUUUCACUCUUA